AUGUAUCAACCUUCUGUCUCAAAUCCUAGCAAGCACACCAAGGAGCAAUCAAACCCUAAAAAUAUAGGUACUGAUAUAGAUCUCUCUGAUGUCAUUCCCCUCUCGAUGGUUCCUAUCCAUGCAACCCCUAUAAGGAAGGGUAGAACAUAUGCUUCGAGGAAAGGAAAUCCCUCUAAAGUAAGCACUUCUUCGUCUCCACCCAUGACUGCUAGAAAUGUAAAAACUCUUGAACCCUCUAUUGCUUUAAAGAUACCCUAUUCUAUGACUAGUUUGUAUCUUAAUCCCAUUAGUGUUGAACCUAAUGUUGGUAUUUCUAAAGAAUUUCAUGUUAUGCCAAAUGUUAUGGAAGAUAUUGAAGCUUCUGAAAGCAAUAAUAUAUCUAGGUCUGUUACUACUGUGAGCAAAUCCAGCAUGAUCGUUGCAGACAGAGACGACAUGAAUAAGAAUAUUUGUGUGAUGAUCUCUCAAGUGUUGGGUAUUGAACCCAAGACUAAUGUCAUGUCGGAUGAAAAGAGCUACUUUGGCCCUACAAAACGAUGGAGCAAGGUUGUUACUCUUGUUUCUAAGAAGAAAUCCCUUAAGAGGAAGGAAGUUCCAUCUGAGUCUAGUGAUUAUGACCAUGAUAUCGAACACAUUGUUCAGGACAUCGUCUCUACUUCCAGAGAGAAAGCAUCUGGGAAGAAGAUUCCAGCAAAUAUUCCUGAAGUUCCAAUUGAUAACAUUUCCUUUCACUUUGUGGAGAAUGUUGAAAAAUGGGAAAAAAAUAUCAAAGAAGAUUAG